UCUCUUCUCUUUUCCUCCUCCUCUGUUUUUGUCUGCUCCUCUCUUCCUCGCUCAACCUCCGCCAUUUUCGUUUCCAAGCUUUCUUCUCUCCUUGGCCACAACAACAACAAAAAAAAUGUCUUCACAACCCCUCAUUUUAGCUCCCAAGCCUUCUUCCACCCGACAGCUGAGUUUCUGCCGGCCUUCGUAUUUUGCCAGCAGCCACCUCAACUUGGCCCACAAGCCCUACUCCACUUCUCUGUGGACCUCUCGCCUCCAUCUGAUAUCUACUCACGUUGCCUCUCUCGCUAGCAAACUGCCUUACCUACCGGAGGGAAGCCUGACAGAGAAAUUGGCUAGGGUUGCUUUUGUUUUCGGCAGUGGAAAGGGUACCCGACGUGCGAAUUUCAUUCAGCACUUUGGCUUCGCCCAACUGAAUGGCGGUGAUCUUCUCCAAGCAGAAAUCCAAUCUGGUUACAGAAUUGGGUUAAUAAGCCACUGUCCUUGA